AUGGCUCCGUCUUUCGUUAAGCUAGGCGCGGCCGCCUUGGCCUAUGCUUCCGGCGUCGCUGCCGUCAAGUCAUACCAACUCACCGAGCACUACGACGCUACAAACUUCUUUGACAAGUUUGAGUUUUUUGUGUCUGAUUAUAACAGCGCCGACCCUAUGGCCAUUGACCCAACGCAUGGAUUCGUCGACUACAAAUCCCAGACCGAUGCGUUUGGUUCCGGCCUGAUCUCUGGGCCGGGAGAGGCCAUCUACGUUGGUGUCGACAGCAGCUCGAAUGACGUGAGAGGAAGGGGCAGUGUGAGGCUCGAGAGUCACAGUCGCUACAACUCGGGCCUGAUCAUUGCCCACUUCACCCACUUUCCUGAGCCGGUUUGCGGAGCGUGGCCGGCUUUUUGGAUGUACGGGCCUAACUGGCCAACUAGUGGCGAGCUUGACAUCUACGAGCAGUGGAACUUGUCUCCUACAAAUUCCAUCACAGCUCACACCGACAACCCCAACAACGUUGGAGGCUGCACUAUUGACAAUUCUUUUCAUCCCAACACGCCCGACUGUUGGGUAGAUUCACCCACGCAGUGGCCUAACGAGGGCUGUGCUAUAUCCGAGGCGAACGGUCAAUGGGGAAAAUCAGAUGGUGGCGUGUAUGCUACCGAGUGGACUGACACUGCCUUGAAAGUGUGGAGCUGGCCGGUUGGGAACAUUCCUACUGAUAUUAGCUCGGGAACCCCAAACCCGUCGAGCUGGGGAACGCCUCAUUUCCUCCUAGGCGACGGCGGAUGUAACGUCCAUGAAGCUUUCAAGGAUAUGAGAUUGGUCUUGGACAUCACCUUCUGCGGAGACGCCGCUGGCAACUCGGGGAUUUGGGGCAGCAACCCGCUCGACAGUGACAAAUGCUUCGCUCAGACCGGCUACGGAUGGUGCCCCGACUAUGUCAACUCGCACGCCGCAGCAUACGAUGAUGUGUACUGGGGGAUCGAGGACAUCAAGUAUUAUCAGUUCCAGGAACCUGCACCCCCUGCUAGCUCGUCGGCCCCUGCCAGCUCGUCGGCACCUGCCAGCUCGUCUGCCGCCAGCUCGUCUGCUCCUAUCAGCUCGACAAUUACAAGCUCGACCAUUCCAAGCUCCACUGCCAGUUCGUCAACUUCAACAGACAAUGAUGAGGACUGCUCGGAUGAGCCGGAGUCGUCUACUGUCCCCCCGAGCUCAUCUGCUGCUUCGACCGCGUCGUCUACAACCGACGCGAGCUCGGCCGCUUCUUCAACCCCUGCUUCUUCAGCCGCAUCAUCGAUUGCGUCUAGCACUGCCUCGUCUGCUGCCUCGUCUGCUGCUUCGUCUGCUACCUCGUCUGCUGCUUCGUCUGCUACCUCGUCAGCUGAUCCGGCUGGCGGGUCUAGUGCUCCCGCUUCGUCUACGGCGAGCGUCCCGGCUUCUUCGGGAGUCCCCAGCUCGUCAUUGCCAGCUAGCUCUUCGUCGCCGGCUAGCUCUUCGUCGCCAGCUGGAUCUUCCGGAUCUUCGGGAAUCCCCAGCUCAUCAUUGCCAGCUAGCUCUUCCGGUUCUGCGUCAGCCUCGAGCGCAUCCAGCGGUGCGGACCCAGCCAGCUCAGGCGCGGUGUCUUCCACAGCCGCAGGCUCCUCAGGUAGCCCCGGCUCCGCUUCUGCUUCUGGCUCGUCGUCAGAAAUUUUGGCCACAUCGACCAUCUACUCGACAACUACAUACACGAUCACGUCAUGCGCUGCUACUGUCACGAACUGCCCUAUUGGACAAGUAACGACAGAGGUGAUUGCUGUCACGACGACGGUCUGCCCCGUAACCGCUACAGCAACGGCCUCUGCGACAGCCUUGGCCAGCUCGUCGACCGAGUCAUCACUUCCCGAGGGCUGGACGACUUCGACCAUUUACGCAACCACAACGUACACGAUCACAUCGUGUGCACCCACCGUCACCAACUGCCCUGCCCUCGUUGGGAAGGUGACUACCGAAGUCAUUGCAGUCACGACAACCGUCUGCCCCAUUGCAGACGAGACGGGCAGCGUGACCGUGAGCCCAAGCGUGGUUCCCACCACAUACAUCACGAGCUACACAACACUGCAGCUAGUCCCCACAGUCUCCAAGCCGGCCUCGGUGGCCACUGGUUACUCGAGCUAUUAUCCGGCUGGCAGCAACAGCACUGCGCCGGUGAAGCCUCUUCCCGUGAAGUCUAGCUCGGGUACCGCCGCCGCCGCUGCUCCGACGAGCACGCUGGUGACCGUGAACGGCGGCACCAGAGUCGGAGCCAGUCUGGUGCUCAUGGCCGCCGGAGUUGCGUUGGUGUUCGGAUUGUGA